AGAGCGGGGCUUUUCUCCGCUGGCCCAGUAGGACGUGGAGAUCGGCGAGCGAGGGCUGUGCGGGGACGAGGAGCGCAGCCCGCCGGCCUUCCCCGCCCCGGGGGCCGGCAGAGCGAGGAGCCGGGGCCCCGCCGCCCCCCGCCCGCUGGAUUUGCCGUUCCCGGUGGCUCCCUGCGCAUCAGAUUUCAGAUGCAUGCCAGGUUCCCGCUGAAUGCCAGCAGCAGAGAUCCCUACAGAUGGAGCCCCAAAGUCAGCAUGGCAGCGGCGGCUCCCUGGUGGUGAUUCAGCAGCCCUCCCUGGACAGCCGGCAGCGCUUGGACUAUGACAGGGACAGCCAGCCCACCACCAUCUUGUCACUGGACCAGAUCAAGGCCAUCAGGGGCAGCAACGAAUACACCGAGGGGCCGUCGGUGGUGAAAAAGUCGGGUCCGCGGACGGCGCCGAGGCAGGAGAAGCAUGAGAGGACUCACGAGAUUAUACCGAUUAAUGUGAAUAACAACUACGAGCACAGGCCCGGCCACGCGGGGCACGUGGCGCAUCAGCAUAACGCCAGGGCUCCCGUCCUGAGCCGAUCGACCAGCACGGGCAGCGCGGCCAGCUCCGGCAGCAACAGCAGCGCCUCCUCGGAGCAAGGGCUGCUGGGGCGCUCGCCGCCCUCCCGGCCGGGCUCCGGCCACAGAUCAGACCGGACAAUCCGGGCGCAGCCCAAGCAGUCGGCCCUGAUCGUGGACGAUCUGAAGGGGCCUUUGAAAGAGGACUUGACGCAGCACAAGUUCAUCUGCGAGCAGUGCGGGAAGUGCAAGUGCGGGGAGUGCACGGCGCCGCGGGCCCUGCCCUCCUGCCUGGCCUGCAACCGGCAGUGCCUGUGCUCGGCCGAGAGCAUGGUGGAGUACGGCACCUGCAUGUGCCUGGUCAAAGGGAUCUUCUACCACUGUUCCAACGACGAUGAAGGGGACUCGUACGCGGAUAAUCCCUGCUCCUGCUCCCAGUCACACUGCUGUUCUAGGUACCUGUGCAUGGGAGCCAUGUCCUUGUUCCUGCCUUGCUUGCUCUGCUACCCUCCGGCCAAAGGAUGCCUAAAACUCUGCCGGGGGUGCUACGACCGUGUCAAUCGUCCGGGGUGCCGGUGCAAGAACUCCAACACGGUCUAUUGUAAACUGGAGAGCUGCCCCUCCCGGGGUCAGGGCAAGCCCUCAUGAUUUUGGGAGGGAGGUUUACUUCCUCCAACUUCAGUUUUUCAGGUUGUAGCUGAUUUUUUUUUUUUUUCCCCCCUCCCCCCAUCUUUUCUUCUUCCCCCCUUCCUCUCCCAAUUUGGGAGGACUGUUCCUUUCCUUUCUGUCUGCCCAACUUCAGACACAUGAGUUCAUCCCCUUGCAUCUUUGCUCUCCUCCUCCUACUGAUUUGGCUGAGUGUGGAGCGUUUCACGCAGUCGCUGCUGCUCUUUGGUAAGUGUGGACCUGGGAUCUGCACCUGCCGCUCGCUGGGGCAGGGUCUUUGAGUUUGCAACUGAACCACUCCUGAAAGAGACAGUGAGGGCUCACUGGGCUCUUGAAGCUUCUUGCUCUGUGAAUAUUUUCCCAAAGAUGUCUUUUUUGUUUGUUGUUUUUGUUUUUUUUUUUGUUCUCAGCAAGUUAUGUUUUUUUUCUCCUUAACCUCCCGGGUGCCAAGGAAGAGUAACUUCCCUGAGUGAGCUGGAUUGUGAAAUAACUUUUUGUGUGUGUUCUUUCUGGAGAGGGAUGUAAAAUAAAGGCUUCACCAAAUGAAAGGCCUGACUCUUCUAUAAGCAGCCUGCUUCUUUUUGCAUCUUUUUUUUUUUCCACCCCCCUCUCUUUUUGUCUUAACUUUUGGAGCAUUCUCAGGUCUGAGAAUUGCCCUGCCCUGUUUUUCUUCAUUUUUUCUGUUUUACAUUUUCAAUGUAACUUCAGUUUUUGCUACACUGUGCAGAUCUUCACAUUGGAGACAUUGUGGCUGCAACAUACUCAUAUGUUUCUUUUGCUGUCCAGUCUUUGAAGGAUAUUGCUCACUCCACCCUCCUAAUCCCGUUUUUAUAGUCUGUCAGUAUCAGUUGAUAUUAAAGUUGGUGGUGUUCAUAUAUCCAAACAGCCUUCAGGUGUCAUUGAGUCACCUAAACGUUCUUGAAUCCUUCAAGUCUCUUGUGAUCCUUUGGCUUAGUGAGUUUAGCUCUGCUCUGUACUUUAUAAUUUUAUUCUGUCCCUCUUUUAUUGCCUUAGCCACAAAUUGUGGUCCUUUUUUGUAUAUUUUAUGUAUAAAACACAAAGUUGAAUCCCAACUAUUUUUAAGACAAAAGUCUGUUAAAACUUUUUUUAUUGUAAAGAAUAUUUAUUAUGUGAAUCUCUAUUAUUUUAUGAUAUUUAUUGCAAAAGACUUCGAAAAUGUACUCAUGUCUGAAUAUAACAAAAUAUCAAUACUUAACGAAAUAAGGAUGACACGAAGAAAGUACAUAUGUUAACUAUAAUGCAGAAAAUAUAUUAAUUAAUGAAAACGCCUCUGGAGUUCUUUUGUUACAAUGACAGGUUGUGAGCUACGUGUGUGUAUUGCUGGGCUGUUCCUCCUUCAGGUCUGUCAGGUGGCAAACAACCUCCUGUUGGUACUUCAAAGCCACUAGUCUGUGCUCUAGUUUAGUUUACCUAAUCUUAAGUUUAAGCCAACUAUAUAUCAAAUAAGGGAUAUUUAAUACAAUUGAAUCUGUGUUGUGCUUAACAGUGCCAAGAAAUGGAGGCUCUAUUUAUUUACCAAAGAAUUUGGAAAUACAGUUGUGGAGGAGGAAACCACAACUUCCAAGUUGUUUCUUUGUUGUUUUUUUUUUUUUUUAUUUUUUGUUUUUUCUUAAGGAAUACCACAUUAACAUGCAAAGCCAUUUAAAAUUUUCCUAUAUGGAACUUCCUGUCUGGUUAAAUUGUGCAGCAGCUGAAGAAAUGAAUCUUCCCAGCUGGAUUUUAAAUAAAAAACCUGGAGGCAGGAUGAAAAACAGUGAUUGUGUUGCUGUAGUUUGGUAGCUUUGAAAUCUGGGAAUGUGUGUGCACGCCUGGGCCCACGUCUGUGACUUAUUUGGUUGUUUUCCCAUACGUUUUCCAAUGUCAACUGAAUCUUCUGUCUUUAAAUUAAAGGCUCUUAAGGGUGACCUAAGUGUCACAGCUACUUGUGGCCAUUUAACACACAUUCCACAGAAAAAGCUUUUCAUUAAGAGUGAAUGGGGAGACCUCAUUCUUUUCCUCAUGUGGGUCAAGGUUACAUCACAAUUCUCCUGAACUUUAAAAGUUUUAAAUGGAUGCAGUUUCACAUGGUGUUCAGAGUAAGUGGUUCUAGAGAAGCUCCACUUCAGAACAGAGCGAUGACUUGACAAAUGUGUCAUAUCUUGCUCUUUUUUUAAAUCCUGCUGCUUUGAGUUGCCAUAUUCAAGCUGCUCUGACUCCCAGCACGGUGAUGAUUUGUAGUUAAUUCCAUGCCAGCUGAUGCAGUGUCACCCAACGGAGCUGACUGAAAAGCUGCUCUUUUAUUAAGCAGCACAGAUGACCCCUGAGAGGCACAAAGUGAAAUCAUCAUCUGAGUGCGUCUGGGAACGCUUUGCAGGAUGCGGCUGGUGCUGCUCCUCUGUGUGACACAAAUGACGGGCUGGGGGGGGCUUGUGGGGCAGCACCGGAUGCACACGGAUUCUGCUGUCCAAGAUUUCCCGAGAGGAAGCAAAGCCAGGAGAGGAAUGUUCCCGAGGAACAGGGACUUGCACUCCUUCGCUAUCACCGCGCGUCUCGAAGAGCGACAGCUGCAAGUGGCCCCGCGGACACAAUGGAGGCCUUGUCCGGCGCUGGCCAGAGAUGUCCACUGGUAACUGUGCGCUGACACCCGGGAACACGGAGCCAACUGCCUCCUCACAGCUGGAUCACAGACAGCUCCUUGCUCGGGGCCUUUGCUCCAAGGGCGCUGCUUGUGCCUCCUCAAGGAAAACGUUGCCCUCUGUACCACUGUCUCUUUUUUAUUCCAGCCAGGUGACUUAUCUGGGGGCUUGGGUUGGUUCCUAGCAGAAGAGAAGAAAUCCCAAAGGACCCACGUGUUCUCCAUCCUUUAGUGAUUGUCCUCCAUCAGGAGCUGUGUCGUGGCACUAUUUCAGAUCUCUUUUUUAAAACAAAAGCUACGCUCUAGUUAAUCAUACUAGUGCUCCCUUUACUAACCAGAUUUUGGGAAUAAUCUGAGGUUGCAGCUCCUCUGGAGAAAAAAUUGAUUUGGACCUACACAGCAAAGAGAUGAAAACAGUUCCUUGCAGGUCUUACAUGGUUUUCUAAUUGCCAGGUAGAGCAGGUAGUGUUAGAAAAAUGAGAACAAUGUAUUUUUCUCUUGGGUUAGAUGCUGUAUGCUUUGUAUUUAACAUCCAAAUAUAUCUGAGCUCACUUCCUGGUACUCUGGAACGUCAUUGCCACUAUGCCAUGGAAAUGACUGGGGAUUCAUUCAGGCAGCUGGAUUUUGUGGUGUAGAACCAUGGAGGGUCACAUGAGAGCACAUGUCAUUCUUUCCAGCUGAAAGAGAACGGAGCAAGCUGACAGCUGGGGGAAGUGAAGCUGUGAAGCCUCCACAGCCUGAAGAGACACAGGUUACUUUAAAUAUGGCCCAAGUGGUCUGCCACUGUGUCUGUUCCACUUUCCAUCCAUCCAAGGAUGCUGUGUUCUGUUGGAAAGGGGUUUGCUGAGGGGAUUUCCAGCAAUUAGGGCACUGAAGUGCACAUUUCAGUCCUUCAGCCCCAAAUUUAUCAGGGGCUGUUUGAGGUUACACCUCCGUAUCUGCAGAGCGACAGACUGUCAGAGCCUGUUGCAACAUAACAAGUGACUUUUUUUCCCUGAUAUUUCUGAGAUCUUCUUUUGAGAAGCCAAGAGAACUCUGUGUGAAAUGAUGGUGUAAUUAGGCAGUAAGUUCAGCUGACCUACUGACCUAAUUGCAUGGGUGGGUGUUGGAUUUGGCUGAGGCUGCCAUCUGGUUCCAACAGCAGAGGCCUCGGGCGUGUAAGGUCUGGGUUGAAGGAAAAAGAGAAGUCCAGAAAGUUGGAAUUCUUGCUUUGCUUAGUGUCUCGAAACUCGUGAUAAGAGAUGAGUUUAGGAAACAGUAAUUUAGCAAUAAAACCAAUGGGUAGAUAAAGUUUCCAUGUUCCAUGCUGGAGGAAUCCAUGGCCAGGGUGAGAAUUUGCCCUCAGAGUCAGGGUGUUUCUCCAAAGACAGCUCCAUUACACCACUGCUGGGGUGGGUGAGGGUGUUUUCCAAGGGGGGAUAAUGCCUAACAAAUGAAAAGUACUUGCUCUUGUUUAUGGUUCCAUAUCAAAAAGACAGGUAGGAGAGGAUUAGCUCCUCUGUCUGUGAUAAAGCAAAUCUGUUAAAAGGGAUUAAAGGGGCUAGAUGAAGUGUUUUAAUGGACUUAUAUGAAGUAAUAGAGUUUUGUCCUGGAGGAAAAAUCUUCUUCAGGACUCACUGAUAAUUCUGCAUUUCUUGUUCUGCUAAAAUUGCCUCCAAAUUCUAAGGAAUCUGAUUAAUUGUUGGCUUUCUUCCAGCUGCAGCAUUUGUGUCAGUCAUAUGGUGGUGCUUCAGAAAACCUGGAAAUAAAAUUCUGUUCUGCUCUCACACAGCUGGAUUUACCAGCCUUCUUACACAGCACACGGGGCUGCACAGGUCUUGUUCUGAUGACCCUGCAUUUGGAGGGCAGUUUGCUUUUGGGGCAGCUCGUAAUCAUUUGUAGUUCUUCCCCGUGGCUGUGUUUCACCUUCCUCUGGCUGGUGGGAGGGGCCAAGGCAUGGCUUCUCCCCUUGGCAUUAGGUACCCAGCCAUGGGGAGCCCGUGGUAAGGAGCUUUCUGCUCUGGAAGGAUCUGCUCUGGAAGGAUCUGCUCAAAAACCUCGUGAUCUCCAGAGUGGUAUUUACCCCUCAGUUUGUAUUUGGGGUAAACGGAUGCAGUGCAGUUGGUUUUCCCAGGAGCUGCCAUUCCCACUCCUCCUGCAAAAGGUGUCUUGAGAUACUGCCUCAUUUACUGACCAAUAAAUACAAAUUGGGGAAAGUUUCCCUGCAAACCACACAUGGCUUGGCUUUUCAGUUUAAGUAUGUACGGAUGAGACACUAGUCUUAAUGAAUAACUUUUUAUUUGAGCAUCAGAAAAGAACCAAAAAUUCACCUGGAUUUCUCAGUAUUCCUGAUGCAUGCAUGGGGCAGCAUUAUAAGAGACAGAGUGUGCUUCCAGGAGAAGUACAUAUUCCAAAAUUAGCUUGAAAGUGUGGUAGCUCUUUAUUUUGGAGCAGAGAAACAUCCUUUUGGUCAGUCCUUGGAGAAAGGUGUGCCUGAUAGCCGUGGCUCUGGCCUUGUAAGCACGGCCCUGUUUUGUGAAGCUUUGUCUACACCUUCGGUGCCCCGACCUGAAAACAAACAUCCUGCAGAACACGAUGUCAGGAGGCACAAACAGCCUGACAGAGGCUCUGCCCCCAGGGGCUGAACCCCAUUGUGUUUGUGCAAGAAGGAGCACAAUGGGACAUCCUGCCUGACCCCGCAGGGUCGCUGCAGGAGUAUGAGCGGGUUUAUUCCAUGGAAUAUUUCUUCUGAAUGGAGCUGAUGGAUUUACACCAGUGAAUGAGCUGGCCGGGUGACAGGAAUGGCCAGUGCUCAUAAAUGUUAGGAUGUCCUUAGUUUGUGGGAUAAAGUGACUGUGAGAAGGAGCUGGAGCUCCCUAAAUAGGCUGAUAUUACAUAACUGAUUAACCACUCAAUGGCUGUUUUAAAUGAAACCUCCUGUUCUCUGGCACACACUUCAAUUUCCAAACCGCCUGAGAGUUCUUGCAGUGCUGUGAGGAUUCCUCUUCCAUACUCCAAGCAGGAGGAAGACAUGAAUUUACGUGACCUGGUGAAGGUUCUCUCCAAAGCUUUGUUUCUUGUGUGAUGUCUGAUUUGUUGUUUUUGGACCUGUGCACUUUAUGAGUAGCACACUUGCAGAUAAAAAUUUAUAAACUAAUUGCCUGGAAGGAAGGGGAAGUGCUGGAGCUUUUCUCUAACCUGGGUACUGGGAGAUUGCACAGUACCUUCUUUUUAUAACCAAAGUCUUACCUAAAUCCAGUCUCAUUUACCUGACCCCUUCCUUUUAGGGAAUAAUUGUCCAUUUUUCUACAUGGCAUGCAAAGAUUUUCUGGAUGAAAUGUGCUAUGACUACAGGAGCACCUGUGCUGUCACUGAGGCACUUUUUGAUUUAAUACAUUUUUACACGUGCUGUAUCUCAUCCAAUUCAAGGUGAGGAUAAACCCAGUUAGUCAGGGCAGGAAAUACAGGAUAGCUGGAUGUCAUGAAUUUGUUCUGUUCCGAAAUUCAAUUCCAGUAUGAGCUUUGCCAAACUUUGGCUGUACUUGGGCUUGAAUUUACUGAUCUGCCAAGAGUAUGUGAGGAAACACUGUUAGAAUUGAAAAUGCACCAGUUCUGCUGUGUUGAAUAGCCAAGGGGUCUCUCUGGAGCAAGGGGUAGCAAUGGAAGGUGCCAUUCUGGAGUCUCCACAGAGAUUUUUGUAUGGGCUUUCAAACCUGGAGGCCUGUGUUCUUGUAUCCUCACUUUCCAUCCUUUGCCCUGUACUGGAGCAGAAGCACUUGCCAUGGUAGUUCUAGAGUUAUCCAUCACUGCUGCCAGGUGCAGGUAAAUCCCCUGGAAAAGUUAACCUCAUCUGCUCUCCCUCCUGACAGUUCUAACACACUGGGGUUGGGACAACUUUACCUGUUCAGGUGGCAAAAAUUGCGAAGUGUCUCAGAGCAUUUUGCACUUGGACUUAAAUUCUCUUAAAUUAACUGUGCCUGACAGAACAGCUCCGAGGGAAACACUUCUCUUUGGCUGCUGGGAAAACUUGGGCUGCAGGGCUGGAGCCACACUCUGAGGCACUGGCACAACCAGGAGCCUUUGACCAGCAGUGUUUA